AUGUCUCAACGACCCAAAGACAGGAAGAUCAGGGGCCGCUACAAUGGACCGGUGCCGACCUCCAACCUCAUCGAAGCCGAUGAUUUCUUUGACGAACCUUUUCCGGCCUCGGACGCGACUCCCAGAUCAUACGGACCCGGUCAAGGAGCUCUGGCGGUGGUGGACGGAGGCGUUGACAUGUGUCUCCAGACAAACAAAGGGAACCACAUGACGAGCGCCUACGAUACGCCCAACCUGGUGGUCCGCCGCGGUCACGAGAUCCGGAUCCGCGUCACCUUCAACCGAGCGCCGACCGAGCAGGACGACUACCAGCUGGAGUUCAUGAUCGUGUUCCUGAGCCCAUGUGGAAGUAUCCUUUACACAUUGAUGUCGGUUUUUAAUGCAGUGCCGCCUGAGGGAUCGAAGUGUCUGGAGUUCGGCGAGGGCUCGGUGACGGGCGACAUGUGUGAGGACCUGUGUGUGCUCGGCCUGGUCGAGUACAAGCGCUGCCUCUACUACGAGAACGGGAAGAAGGUGAUCGAGGCUCGCUGGAGAGGAAACCCCAUCAUCCUCAAAUCCAAGCUGGAGAACUUCUCCUCCUACGAGCCGCUGGGGAUACUCGACUACCAGGACACAGCAGAGGAGCUCUCCCCUCUCGAUGUGGUCUUCUACGCCACGCUGGAAGUACGAAACUCCCUGGGCCUGGCUGAGGAUGACGAGGAGGACGAAGGAGGAGGAGGAGGAGGAGGAGGAGGAGGAGGGAAUAACAGUUCUCUGGCCAGGCUUUGGGGGAAGAAGCUGAAAAACAGAGACAAGAGUUACUCCAGAGCAGAGCUGGCAUCGCUGUGGUCUCUGCUGCAGCAGGAGGAGUACACCUUCCUCAGAGUCCUGCAGGACCUCAGCACCCACGUGGCCAAGGUGCUGGGCUCGUGCGGUCACUUCUACGCGGUGGAGUACCUGUCGGCCGGACACGCCUGGGACCAGAACAUCUUCUCUCUGGAGGAGGUGGCAGUGUCGGGUCUGCAGGGUCAGGGUCAGAGCCGAGCCGGAACCGGAGCGAGAGGGAGGUGGACCGCCCGCGAGAUGGUGCAACGCAUCGCGCUGAGCUUCCUGGACAUGGUCUGGCACUUUGACAACGACUUCACACACAAACUGCACCUGUGUGACAUCAAACCCGAGAACUUCGCCAUCAGGAAGGAUCUGACGGUCGUAGCCAUCGACGUAGACAUGGCGUUCUUCGAGCCGAAGAUGAGAGACAUCCUGGAUCAGAACUGCAGCAGCGAUGACGACUGUAACUUCUUCGACUGUUCGUCCAGGUGCAACAUGAACAAGCACAGGUGCAGCCCUCAGCGCCGAAACAGCAACCUGCAGGUGAUUUGUGAGAAGAUUUUCAGGCCGUGGUUUUCUCCCACGCUGCUCGGAGCCAAAGCAGGGCUCCCUCUGCAGGUGGAGCUGCAGCGAGCCGUGCAGGAGUGUUCAGAGACAGAUGGAGGAGGAGGAGGAAGAGGAGGAGGAAGAAGAGGAAGAGACGUCCAUCAACGUCUCCUCAAAAUCCUGACCCGCCUCGUCCAAGAGGGAGGAGCUUCAGGUGACGGAGGCGGGGCUUGGGAGGUCAAAGGUCACACUCACACUGCUCUGAACUUCUGA